AUGCUGCUUCUUCUGCUGACCAUGCUAUGGAGAGGCUCCCUAACUGUGAAUCCAGAGUUCCAACUGCAGGUGCAGAGUUCAGUGACGGUGCAGGAGGGUCUGUGUGUCCUCGUGCCCUGUACUGUCAAGUACCCCAAGAUAGACUGGAUUGACUCGGACCCAGCUCAUGGCUACUGGUUCCGAGAUAGUCCUGAAACUUACAGAGAGGACCCAGUGGCCACAAAUAAUCCAGCUAAAGGGGUCCAGUGGGAGACUCGGGGCCGAUUCCAGCUCCUUGGAGACCCUCGGAACCACAAUUGCUCCUUGGUGAUCAGAGACGCUAAGAAGGAAGACACAGGCACGUACUACUUUCGCGUGGAGAGAGGGAAUUAUGUGAAAUUUAACUUCAAGUAUCACAUGCUCUUCCUGAAGGUGACAGACCUCACACAGAAGCCUGACAUCUAUGCCCCCGAGACCGUGGAGCCCGGGCGCCCGGUGACAAUGCUCUGUGUGUUUCCUGGGGACUUUGAGGGGUGUCCACGCCCCGUGUUCUCCUGGACAGGGGCAGCCCUCUCCUCUCAAGGAGCUGAAUCACGAAACUAUGCCUCUUUCUCCGUGGUCACACUCACGCCGAGAACGUGGGACCACACCAUCAUACUCACAUGUCAAGUGGAAUUCGAUAACGGCGUGAGCCGCUCAAGCACCGUCCAGCUGAGAGUGGCCCAUGCCCCAAAGGACCUUGUCAUCAGUUCUUCCAAGGCUGAUACAUCAGCCCUGGAGCCCCAGAUAAACGGCUCCAGUCUGACAGUCCAGAAGGGCCAGUUCCUGCGGCUCCUCUGUUCGGCCCACGGCCACCCCCCACCCACACUGAGCUGGGUCCUGAACAGCACGGUGCUCUCCUGGUCCCUCCCCUUGAACUACACCCCUCUGUUCCUCAAAUGGUCUCACGUGGACACCAGGGACACUGGCCGCUACACCUGCCAGGCAGAGAACAGAAUGGGCUCCCAGCGGGUCUGGCUGGACAUCUCUGUGCAGUACCCUCCAGAGAACCUGAGAGUGAUGGUGUCCCCAGCAAACAGGACAGCUAUGGAAAACUUCAGGAAUGGCACGACCCUCCCAGUCCUAGCGGGCCAGUCCCUGCGUCUCAUCUGUGUGGCCGACAGCAGCCCCCCUGCCUCGCUGAGCUGGGACUGGGGGACACUCCCCCUGAGCCCCUCCCAGUCCUCAGACCCCUGGGUCCUGGAGCUGCCUCAGGUCCAGAAGGAGGAUGAAGGGGAGGUCACCUGCCGAGCUCGGAACUCUCUGGGCUCCCAGCACGUGACUCUGCACCUCUCUGUGCUCUACCCCCCUGAGCUGCUCGGCCCCUCCUGCUCCUGGGAGGCCGAGGGUCUGCGCUGUAACUGCUCUGCUCGAGCCCGGCCAGUGCCCUCGCUGUACUGGCGAGUUGGGGACCGGCUGGUGGAGGGGAACAGCAGCAACACCUCCGUCACUGUCACCUCCAUCUCAGAGGGAUCCUGGGCCAACAGCUCCCUCAGGCUUUCCUCAGGGCUCAGUCCAGACCUUGGACUCCACUGUGAGGCCAGGAAUGACCACGGGGCUCACGGCAUCACUGUCCUGCAGCUCCCAGAUAAUCAGGGAGCUAUGUCAGCGGCCUUCUCCAAGGGGGCGCUUCUGGGGACUGGCGUGGCCACCCUCCUCUUCCUCUGCCUCAUUCUGGUCCUAGGGAAGACUUUGAGGCAGAAGUGGACCCAGGGAGAAGCUCUGAGGCGCCUAGCCUCGAGGGGCAGCUCAGUCAUGGAUUACGUCAACGUGAACCCCAAGGUGAGUGCCGGGCCCUGGUCUCCCUCUCUCUGGUCUCUAACCCUGACACCUCCUUGUCCAGAUGUCUUCCAUCACCUCACAGGGGCCACCAGAGAUACAAGGUGUCUUGAGGACCCGCUGUCUGCUCAGAAAUGGAAGACCACGGCAAACCGCCCUUCCCAGUGCCCUCCUUCAGGGGCUCGUCCACCGGAACCAGAGAGCUUCAGUGGCCCUAGACUUAAACCAUCCGCUCAAGUGGCAGAUUCCACGAAUAACUCAGAGAAGCUCCACUACGCUGCAGUCAAGUUCCUGGGCGCCAGAAAAUGGGACACCCGGGAGGAGGCCGAGGACACCCACACGGAGUACGCGGAGAUCAAGUUCCACCACGGGUCUGCUGGCCACCACGGGUCUGCUGGCCACCACGGGUCUGCUGGCCGCUAG